AUGGGCGGGCACACGGCAGCGAGCCUCCGCAUCAUCGGGCUGUACGUCCCCUGCGCGGGGUCAGCAGACGCUGACCUGGGGGCCAGCAUCACGGCGCAGUUGGAGGCAGACACAACAGACAGGGACGCGCGCCCCACACUCGUUGCUGGGGACAUGAACGCAGCGCUGUACCCAAGCGACAGGACA